CCAGUUAGAAGGUUUUGUGUUAAUAGGAUAAUAUAGGAUCAACUCGGAUUACUUGUAGUUUUUGCUGUAAUAUCGACUGUACAAUCUUUUAUUUUUCGCUUAAGUUAGUGAAGAAUGCCACACAACCGAUAGAACCCUUGGCUUCUUCGGCGCCAUGCGCAUUACGCGCCUCGUCAGUUAACGUAUGUAACACAUGUAGCAUGUUUGUAGCUUCGAUGACUAAAGAACGAAUGCAUGAAUGAUACCAAAUGUCACCAUAAUCCUUAGCACGAAUCGUCAUGGAAAUGUUACUAAGUACACAAUUAUUUUGUUAAUUUAACAUAUCUACUCACAAUAAGAUCAAUUUGAACGUUAGUAGCGCCGUUUGCAGUGAUAAAUCGCGCAUCAUGUUAUCAGCAGAUUAUAGAAUGCUUUACAAAGUGUUCAACUUAUUUUACUUCCUCGCAAGACCAUUAGUAAAAUGGUUUUUACAUCGUUUCACCAAUUUGUGUGAAUUACAGCGAAUAUGUUAUGGUUGCUCGCCAGGGGCAUUGCGAAUCAGAAAAGUUCAAAAUUCAUUAGAACUUUCUAGAAGACCCAGAAUAAAACAAAUGGUGAUGAUUUUAAAUGAACUUGUGUGUCAAGAAGUAGAGGAGUUUUUUCUGCGAGAGGAAAUUCAAACCCGUGCCAUUGGAACGGUUUUACAGGUGAAAAAAAUUAAUCCGAAAGUACAUGUAGACUUUCCUCGAACUUUUGGAGUAUGUGCGGAAAAGAUUUGGAGUUACAAAAGAUUGUGUUGGCUGGUGGAACAACAUCGAAGCACCCCGUAUGAUUGUAAUGAUGCGGAACAUGAGACUAAACUUAUCAGUCUUUGGAAAAUGCUAAUGGGAGAGGAAAAUAAACUGAAGGGUCGUGUGUCGGAUCAGUGGCAAGACAUCGGAUUUCAAGGAGAUGACCCGAAGACGGACUUUCGUGGUAUGGGCAUGCUUGGAUUAGAAAAUCUCCUAUAUUUUGCCAGUGAAUACAAUGGAACCGCACGACAUUUACUUUCGCACUCCCAUCAUCCAACGCGAGGGUACUUUUUUGCCAUUGUUGGUAUCAAUCUUACGUCUAUGGCGUACCAUCUUCUACAAUCGGGGGCCGCAAGAAAUCAUUUCUACAAUCAACCUAGACUAACCAUGGACACUUUUCAUCAGUUCUACUGCUAUCUGUACUUUGAAUUUGAUCGUUACUGGGUGGAGUGUAGGCCUAAGAGCAUCAUGGAUUUUAGUUGGGUACAAAAGAAAUUUGAUGAAAACAUCGGUAAGCUGCUGUCAAGUGACAGUUGUUGCUUUAAAAUGAACUUGGCAGUAGAGAGUAUAUGAGUGGAACUAACUUUGGAAAAACAUUUAAUAACGUAUGUAACUGUAUUUGUUUACCGAUUAUUUGAGUGUGUACAUUAAAAUCAGUAAAAUUUGUCGAUUAUUCAAAAUUUUAUGCCUUUGAUAUAACUUUUAUGAUUGAAGUUCAUGAGUGCCUGUUAUUACACAAAUCACAAUAGUUUAAAUAAAUAAUUU